UUGCAUCACAUAGGAAAUGCAUAUCAAUAUGUUUUCGUGUACUUUCUUUGUCAAGAAGAUUCGGGUAACCUUGAUCCAAAUUAUGCACUUGUUAUGCUAUCGUCGGUCGCAACAAGGAGAAAUAACCAAUCGAUGUGCAUGAUUGACGAGACGAAAGGGCGAGAGAAAAACGCGAUUGGCGAGGAGUUUAAUUAUCGGUUAAUGUGUAGCCACUUGCAUCAAGCGGUGUGAUCACAGCUCCGCUUUAAAUGCAGCUGCACUGUGUUUACAGUAGCAUUUGUCGUUGUUGUUUGUAAAUUUUAGCGGUAAACCUCAAUUAUACAGUGAAAGAUAAAGUAUUUAUACACUGUUGAUUUUUACGAAUUCUCUGAGUAAAAAUUAUUUACGUCAGUCUUUCGUGCGAAAUUUUAUUUCUAGGGAAAUCUAGACUGAUCGUUUUGUAUGAAAACCUUUCAGAUUUUAGGUUAUGAUCUGUUUAUGCCUAGUUUCAUUUAUGAAAGAUUACUGUUGAAUUUUAUGAGGGAACGGGUUCGUUUGAAAGGAAAUUAUCACCGAUAUAAUGUUAACCUGCGUGGUACACGGUUGUCUUUCAAAUCAGGAUACCAAAAUCGAUGGAAACGAUAUUUCAUUGUUCCCUUUCCCUGACGAUGUUCCUCAAAGAAACCUAUGGUUGAAAAAUUGUCAAUUAGAUAAUAUUGCAGAAACAGAUAAGCCACUCUAUAUCUGCAAAUUACAUUUUGAGAAAAUGAGCUUCACAGAUUCUAUGCAGCUGAAAUCUGAUGCUGUUCCAACUAUUUUUGAUAAAGCAGAAGAGGGACAAAGAAAACAUAAGUUAGACGAUGCACUUGAAACUGAUCCACCCAAAUCUCCACCAGUAAAGCAGAAAAAAUUAGAAGAUGAUUCGCAUAGUCUAGUAACUCCACCGCAAAGUCCUUGUACUCAACUAAUAAGAAAUGUGAAAGAAAUGAAUGGAGAAGAUAAAAUGGAUAUACCUAUUGAAAAUGAAAUUCCAUUGAACGGAUCUACCCCUUUAAAGUCUGAAUUAUAUCAAACAGUAAAAAUAGGAAAGAAGCAAUAUCGACUAACAAUACAAAUUGACAAAAUAUAUGGUAAACCAUGUCCUAGGUCAAGGAAGCUUAUGAUACUAGCACAAUUAAAGAAGGAAACGCAAAAGCUUUCUAGAAAUACGACUGAUAUAGAUCAAAAGGAUCAGUUUUUGCAUAAGAGUACUAGAAAAGCAGACUGUGCAAAGGGUGGUUGUAAAUUAAAAAAAUCUAUUUAUGAUUCCAAGCCAGCUUUUCAGUGCGAACACUGUGAUAAAUAUUAUGUAAUGAAGAAGUCCGAUAAUCAGGGAGAAAAGAACACUUGUACCAUAUGUAACAAGACUUUCCUAUCAUUGCAGUCCUUGAACAAUCAUACCAAGACUCAUUUUAUAUGUGAUAUGUGCCAAACAGAAUGUAGUUCACAAGUAAUUUACGAUACGCAUAUGAAGUUACACGUUAGUUCGGAUCCGGUGAACCCGUACAAAUGUCAUCAGUGCACAGAGAUCUUUGAACUAGAAGACGACGUGAGGCAGCACUGUUUAAUUGUCCAUCCCACAAUUAAAUUACAGAACACAAUUUUGCAAGUGACCGCAUCACCUCUAACGCAAUUACCUCAACAGCAAGAUCACCGUUGCGUCAGUUGCAACAUAACGUUUAGGAACGAGCAAGCUUAUAGGAACCACAUAAGUUCUCAUAAAAAGAAAGAAGGUAUAAGGUGCAGUAUUACUGACACCAAUAACGUAUUUCCAGUACCUAAUCCUUUAACUGGUAGUCAAAUAGGUAUCCUUCGAGCUGUAAAGUUCAGUUGUAGGGUAUGCUCUAUGGAAUUCGAUAACGUCGGCGAGGUCGACAGGCACACGAGGACGCAUUUAGAGGAAGACAACGAAGAGGAGAGGAAGUGCAAUACAUGCAAGAAGCAAUUCAAAACGAACGCGCAGCUCAACGAACAUUUAAAGACCCACGAAUCGCGUACGCACCCUUGUCCCGUAUGUUCGAAAACGUUUAUCAACAGAACUACAUUGAAGAUACACUUAAAAAGUCACGGUGAAACGUAGGUCUCAGUGAUCGGUAUCGAACGAUUCUCACGUCCAGCUUAAUUUCGACUCGUUCCGAAAUUCAGUGCUUCGUCGCGUAAAUCUUUUUAAUUUAUCGACGGAGGUGUAUCCAAGGUGCCAACAGCCUGCAGCCUUGCGCGGCCCGCGCAAAGUUGUUCGUUAGCUACUUGGUCCUCGCAGCCAACGACGAGUGAUGGGAACCUUAUGUAACGUUUCAGAAGAACGAUUAAAUUCUUGAAUAACAAUUCCCAUUGUAUUCUUUCUCCACCAAAUUCUGCACAAAACAUUGCGUAUGCGUUUCAACCGUUAACGAUCAAUUUUCCAUUAGGUACCACGAGAAGUAACGUUUAGAAGCAAACGAGUCCAAGCUGCGAGAACAGAUCAUGAAGAUCAAACGACUCCACCCCCAACAAAGAAUCUCAUGAAAUCCAGACGAAGUCGUCGAAAACUACAUUUCAACAAGUGUCCUGCUCGAUGCAGCGAAGUCUCACUGCAACGAUCCACCGAAGAAUGAAGAUAAUAGGGUGCGGGCUCCUUUGAGGUGCG